AUUCUAGACACCAAUGCAAGACCUCUCUGUUUCUUUUGGUCCAGAAAACAGAGCCACUCUUUAAUAUUAUAAACAUAAUAUAUUGCUGUCCAGCUAGUAAGUAGAAAGCAAGCUCGCUCUUUCUCUCUCUCUCUCUAGUUAGUCUUCAUAUUGUCGAGCUUUGGUCGCUGGAGAAACUAUGUCUAUGGUGGAGGUGAGAGUUCCAAAUCUUGACUGCCAAGGCUGUGCUUCCAAGCUGAAGAAAGCACUUUUGAAAGUCAAAGGUGCAGAAGAGGUGGAAAUAGAGAUGGAGACGCAGAAAAUAACAGUGAGAGGGUACGCUUUAGAAGAAAAGAAAGUGAUAAAGGCAAUUAAACGUGCUGGUAAAGCAGCAGAGCCAUGGCCAUUUCCAGGAUAUUCUCACUUUGCGUCAUUCUACAAGUACCCUACCUACAUUGUCAACCAAUAUUAUGACACUCACAAAAAUGGUGCUUCAUCUGGUGUACACACUUUCUUCCACACACCCUCUGUAUAUUCUGUCGCUGUGGCUUCCGACGAAGCCAUUGCUUCACUUUUUAGUGACGACAAUCCACAUGCUUGUACUAUUAUGUGACCAUUAAUUCCUUCUUAAUCUUCCUUUUUUAAAAAAAUUUUUUAUUCAAUGUUUUAGCGACUUACGACUCUGUUCUUUAUUUGAGCUCCCUUGGCCUUGUUUAAAACUUUAUAAUCUGUUCUAUUACACAUGUUCUUUAAUAAUCUGUUUCAUU